UCCGCGCGCCGGAGCCCGGAGACUCCCGGCUUCUUCCCCCUCCCUCCGGCUCGUGACAACGUAGCGCAGCGGUCUGAGGCGGCGGCGACGGUGCGGCCGGCGGAGCGAGCGAGUCCCCGAGCUAGGGAGCAGGUCCUGCGGCCCGCUCCGCCCCAGGGCCCUGGCCUUCAGCCCCUCCCCCUCGGCGCUUCCGUUACGGCCGUUAGUCCUGCGCGGGCCCGGGGCCGCCCGCGUCUCCGAGCCGGCAGCUGCCCUGACGGACUUCGGCGCGGCCUGGAAGCCAGCCUCCGCCCGCGCCCGGGGCCUCGCGCCCGACGGGCUCUUCGCGGCCGCGCCCGGAGGGCGGACAGGUCCUUCGGAGGGUGGACAGGUCCUUUGGAGCGCUCUUUCUAACGGCCGGCGUCCAGGGAGAGGCUCCGAUCCUGCGUCCGCGUCGCACGUUCUCCUGGGGCGCAGUGCUGCCCGUCCCGAAGUCCCAAGUUGCCCGGCCGACGUGGAGCCGGCGUCUCUCUGCUUCCUCCUGGGCCGGCGCGUCGGCACGGCCGGCGAGGCCCCCCGGGCGCGCGGGGACCGGGCCAUGGGCCGUGGCGCGGGCCGGCCGACCGCCGGGAGGCAUGGCUCGGUGGCCGGCCGCUAGCAGCGCGGCAGCCCGGGCUCCCGGGCCGGCAUGAGGACGGCCACGGGGGAACGAGUGCGGCCCGCGGGGCCGUAGCCUGCGUCGCGCCGGGGACAAAGAAGCCAUGCAGUGACACCUACUAAGACUUGUUGGUAGCCAUGUCGGAGCCCCACAGGGUCCAGUUCACCUCUCUCCCGGGUCCUCUGAAUCCUGCGUUUUUGAAGAAAUCCCGGAAAGAGGAGGUUGGGGGAGUAGAACAGCAUCAGGACUCUGAGCCGGCUGCAGCAGCUGUUCGGAUUACACUCACCCUCUUUGAGCCAGAUCACAAGCGAUGCCCAGAGUUCUUCUACCCAGAGCUGGUGAAAAACUUGCGAGGGAAGGUGAAAGGACUUCAGCCGGCAGACAAGAAGAAAGAUAUCUUGGAUCCUUUCAAUGAUGAAGACAAAGAAAGGCAUAAAGUGGAGGCCCUUGCUCGGAAAUUUGAAGAAAAAUAUGGUGGAAAGAAACGUAGAAAAGACCGAAUACAGGACUUGAUUGAUAUGGGUUAUGGUUAUGAUGAAUCUGAUUCCUUCAUCGAUAACUCUGAGGCGUAUGAUGAGCUCGUUCCUGCUUCUUUGACUACAAAGUACGGAGGAUUUUACAUUAACUCGGGAACCUUGCAGUUUAGACAAGCAUCAGAAUCUGAGGAUGACUUCAUUAAAGAAAAGAAGAAGAAAUCGCCAAAGAAGCGGAAGUUGAAGGAAGGUGGUGAGAAGAUAAAGAAGAAGAAAAAAGAUGACACUUAUGACAAGGAGAAGAAAUCGAAAAAGUCCAAGUUUUCCAAAGCCGGCUUCACAGCCCUCAAUGCCAGUAAGGAGAAGAAGAAGAAGAAGUACUCUGGGGCUUUGAGCGUUAAAGAGAUGCUGAAGAAAUUUCAGAAGGAGAAAGAGGCUCAGAGAAAGAGGGAUGAAGAGCAUAAGCCUGCCUCGGUCCCGGUGGUGGCUGCUCAGGGCCUGCGGGAGCUGGAGGGCGCCCCUGACCCUUUACUCUCACUCUUCGGCUCUGCUUCCGACAAUGACUUGCUGCAGGCGGCCACUGCCAUGGACUCACUGACUGAUCUGGACUUGGAGCAGCUGCUCAGUGAGUCUCCGGAAGGAAGCCCCUUCGGUGAUAUGGAUGAUGAGAGCGAUUCCCUUGGGGUGGGACUGGACCCGGAAUUCAGGCAGCCCUCUUCCCUUCCCGAAGGCCUGCCCACACCCCUGGAGAAGCGCGUUAAGGAGCUGGCUCAGGCUGCCAGAGCUGCUGAGGGAGAGAGCAGACAGAAGUUCUUCACCCAGGAUAUUAAUGGCAUGCUCUUAGACAUAGAGGCGCAGACCCGGGAGCUGAGCAGCCAGACCCGUUCCGGGGUGUAUGCCUACCUUGCUUCCUUCCUGCCCUGCAGCAAGGAUACCCUGGUCAAACGCGCACGAAAACUUCACCUCUGUGAACAGGGGGGGCGUCUGAAGGAGCCUCUCCAGAAACUUAAGGAAGCCAUUGGCAGGGCGAUGCCAGAGCAGAUGGCCAAGUACCAGGAGGAAUGCCAGGCGCACACGCAAGCCAAGGUGGCUAAGAUGCUGGAAGAGGAGAAAGACAAGGAGCAGAGAGAACGGGUCUGUUCUGAUGACGAAGAAGAUGAAGAAAAGGGGGGCAGGAGGAUAAUGGGACCUCGGAAGAAAUUCCAGUGGAAUGAGGAAAUCAGGGAGCUGCUCUGUCAGGUGGUGAAGAUCAAACUGGAGAGCUCUGACCUGGAGAGGAGCAAGGCCCAGCCCUGGGAGGACCACGUGAAGGCGUUUCUGGAUGCUGAGGUCAAACCCCUCUGGCCCAAAGGCUGGAUGCAGGCCAGGACUCUGUUUAAGGAGAGCAGACGAGGCCAUGGGCACCUGACGUCAAUCUUGGCCAAGAAGAAAGUAAUGGCCUCUUCCAAAAUGAAGGUGAAGGAAUCAUCUACUAAGCCUGAUAGAAAAGUUUCUGGCCCAUCAGGCCAGAUUGGCAGCCCCCUUGCUUUGCCUUCAGAUCACCUGGGCGGAGGCCUGAGCACUGGGGCCGCAAACAGGGAGCUCUCGUCCCAGGCCUCUGGCAGCCUUGCUAAUCCUGCUCCUAUCGACCUGGAGGACUCGCUGGAUGGCGACCUGAUCCGUAGUUCAGCCUCUUCGUUAGAGGCUGUGUCCAAGGAACUGGCUGCCCUGAACAGCAGAGCCAGCGGGAGCUCUGAAUUCACGUCGCCUGCGCCCUUGAAAGCCUCCGCGGAGAAAGCCACAGGUGUUUUAUGUACAGAAGAAAAAAGGAAUUUUACGAAGCCCAGUCCUUCUGCCCCACCCCCCUCCAGCUCUCUGCAGUCACCCCUCAAUUUUCUGGCUGAACAGGCUUUGGCACUGGGGCAGCCCUCUCAGGAGAAAAAGGCAGAGACUUCUGGCUACAAAGAGCUGUCCUGUCAGGCCACCCUCAGCAAGGGCCUGCCAGAAGUACACCCGUCCAAAGCAAAGCACCACAGUUUGCCACGGACAUCUCACGCCCCCCAGGCAGCAGCUCCCGUGCCCGGCCCCCAGGUCAGAGUCUUUCAUGCAGGCACUCAGCAGCAGAAGAGCUUCAACCCCCCAACUCCACUCGUCAGUAGGCUUCAGGGCCCAAAGCCUGCCUCCCCGCAGUGUCACCGUUCUCUCCUCCAGCUCGUCAAGACAGCUACCAAAGGCCAGAGCUUCCAUCCCUCCACGCCAGCCUCUUCAGGAGGCACCCCGGCCGCCAGCAGCAGCUCUCAUAAGACCCCGGCCUCAUCCUCCACUGCCCUGAGCCAUCCUGCAAAGCAACACUCAGCCAGCUCUUCAGGGCCCUCUUACAAGAAUAGCCCCUUUGCCAGCUCUGUCUCCAAACAUGGGGUUUCUUCUGGCAGCUCUUCCUCUGGAGGAACACCAGUCCAAAGCCCUCCUUCCGGGAGCCUGCUCCCUGGGGGGCAGCCUCCCUCCACAGGACCGACUGCCAGUCGACCCGUCCCGGGCUCGGCAGGGAAAAAACCGCCUGUUUCCCAGAAGCUGACCCUGGUGGCCCCACCCGGUGGUCCAAAUGGAGAUUCUGGUGGUGGGACCCAGGGAGUGGCGAAGUUGCUGACCUCCUCCCUGAAGCCCAGCGCAGUGAGCGGCGUCACGUCGUCUACCUCCUUGCCAAAAGGAACUAGUGGGGCUGUGAUGCUGACCAGCUCCUCACCCUUAAACCUGCUGUCUUCAUCCUACAAGACAGGAAGCCCAAAGCUGCCUGGGGCCUUGAACUCAAACACCCUGGGGAUCAUCUCCCAGCUUCCCCUCCACGUGAUCUCCUUUAGUGCUGAGUCCUCUGCGAAAGCAGGGGUCUCCAAGGAUGCCAUCGUCACAGGCCCUGCCCCUGGGACGUUCCACCAUGGCCUCGGCCACAGUCUCCUGGCUGGCUUGCACUCCAGCCCGCCCCGCGCAGCGCCUCUCCCACACGCUGCCGUGUCCACCCACAUUCCGCAGAGCCUGCCAGGUAAUUGCCAGGUGGUCAGAGUGCCACGUGCCCUGGGCCAUUCCCCUCCUCCAUCGGAGGCCUUGUCUGCUGCUGAGGAUGUGUCUGCACCUCGUCGUCACCGUGUCAUCUCAGUUUGUCCUCUGAGGCUCUGUGGGUACUCAGGGAGAAGGACACAGGGCCCUCCUGCCACUUUGACACUUCCUGGGUCAGCAUUACCCCCUGUGAUCACGGAAAAGUGGGGGCCUAUGUGGGAAGGAGUUCCCAACCCUUGGCUCAGUAUUUCCUCUUGAUUGAAGAAAAACUAGAAGGGUGAUGGUGCUGACUUCUUGAGGGGUGGUUGGGGCACCAGCUCGGUUUUAGCGAAUGGGCAAGUCCAAGUGGCAGCAAAAGGUGUUGUGGCAAGGUUCCAGGAGGGACACUGCCCCGACAUCCACGUGCGUCCAGGAGAGGCGUGGCUUAGCUUCAGUCCAGAUAUAAGCGCAAGGACUAGGGGCACAACAGGCUGAGGCAGUGCUUCCUUGCUCCUCUCCCCAGAGCAGUGGCUUUCAGAAGGGGACUGCCUCUGAGCCCUAGGUUUAUAGCUGUGAGAAGCAGGCACAGAUACCGUGGGCUGUGGACUAAGUGAUUUCCCCACCCUGUCCUGGGACCAUGGCUCUUAGGUCCAGGUAAUGCAGGGCUGCUGCCAGCCUUCCUGCUGCUCUUCCUCCUCCAGACCUGCUCCAGAAACUACCAGGGGCUACAUUGGUCAGGGGAGCCAUGCCCCAUGAAGCCGAGCCUGGGAAGCCUAUUGGCCUGGUCCCCAGUAGACAAAGGCUGGGCAGCUGCCUAGCUGGGCCUGCUUGGGACUUACCACACUGAGGGUUUUGGCUCUGCACCUGCCUCCACAUUUGCUGUGGGUCCCUGGCCCCGAGUGCUAAGGCUGAGGCAUUUGUCAUGAAUGCUAGAGGCCAUCUGGGUGCACGAGUGGACUGUAAAUCCCCAAGAUGGAAAUGUUCCUUCUUCAGAGAAAGAAAACGGGGCUUCGGCCUGUAUCGGCAGUUGCUUCCUUUUCCCCUGGAGAAGCAGUCAAAGGCAGACUUACCCCACAAGCUGGUGGGGGGCACAGAGCCAUCAGGCCAGACCUUGGAGCUUUCGAAUGAGGUGGCACUGCUUCUGUGCUUUCAGGAACAUUCUUUCAAACAGAAAAUAAUCAGAGCCAUGGGAUACAUGACCGUUGAUCUGUGGCAUCUUUCAGCAAAAAAAGGGGAAAGCAUUCCCCCCCCCCUUUUUGGUCUUUUUAGGGCCUUACUGGCAGCAUAUGCAAAUUCCUGGCUGGGCUAGAGGUCGAAUCCUAGCUGCAGCUGCCAAGACUAUGCCAUAGUAACAGCAACGCCAGAUCCGAGCUGCGUCUGUGACCUGUACUGCAGCUCACGGCAAUGCCAGAUCCUUAACACACUGAGCAAGGCCAGGGAUCGAACCUGAGUCCUCAUGGAUACAAGUCAGGUUCAUUACCGCUGAGCCACCACAGGAACUCCGAGCAUUUUCUUACUGUAUCAUUUCCUUCCAGUCCUCUGGGUAUCAAAAGGCUAUCAAAAGCGUCUCGGCCAAGAUGGGCUAUUUGAAUGUUCUCCUUUAGGCCCUUUGUGUUGUAGGAUUACAGAGUGGUUGUCAGUGAACAGCUCUCUGCUCGGUUUAGCUAUGAUUUGUGUCUACUUGGCUUUGUUUCCUGUGCAGACUCAGGGUGAUUGUGCCUUUGGGCGUGUCCGUAUAGGACCUAAGGGUCUUGUGACAGUGCGGAUGCCUGCUUUGCACCUCAGGCCUCUCCUUGGAGUCCAGCUCUGCCCCGGGAUGGUGGCUAUAGCUGAGAACCCCCGAGUGGCCCAAGGAGGUGCCCAGCAGAGCUGAGGUUCUGGGGAUGCGCUGAGCCAGCAGCUGCUCUCAGUGCCCAGCGUGUUUCUGGCUUUAGAACUCUCGCUUUCGGGGGCUUUUGCUGUUUAAGAAGUAAUCCCCUUGAACUUUGGUUAUUGCUACCUCUAGGGAAUCAGAGGUCCUGAAAGUGCUGUUUUUGCUUACUUUUUUCCAGAUGCUUCUCAGCUUCAUGGGAAAGGGCCCACUGUACCACGGAAAUUGUGACUUUGAGAGGAAAGGCUGGAAGUUGGAGUGGGUCUCAGAAGGCGGAUGAUAACUGUGCUCUUUCUGCUAUUGGUUUUCUCCUGGAGAAGGCGUGAGUGCUAAGUAGAGCAUCUCUUGGCACGUGUGAUGUGCCUUCAGUUAGGGGAGCAGCUCCGUGCUUCUCCGGAGGCCCUGACCGGCCUGGUGCUCCGGGCCCCGAGGCUCUGUCGUGGACAGUCGUCCGGGGGGCGGCACGAGGUGGGGGGUGCUGGGUGGUGUUUGCAGCAGGUGGCACCCCCAUACUUCAGAUCCCCCUGCCCCUCACCCUGGUCAGAGUACCUCAUGGCACCCUACUGGUCGGGGGCUCCUUCUGGCCAUAGUGGGCUCCCGGGAUGGUCGUGGUGUCCGUCCAUCCUCAGGCUCUGUGCUCAACAGGACAAACCUGGCCACCACCACAGCUGGCAGGGUGUGCUCACCGUGGGGGUCAGUCUCCACCGAACCUGACAAUGAAGCUCUUUUUAGAGACAAGACCUUUGUAGAUUUAACAAUUGUGGUAGGAUUUUUAAAGACACUUAUUUUUGGCUCACUUUUCAUCCUUCCCAUUAAAUGCAUUGGAUAGAAUGGACUGUUCUUCGCACGUCCCGUUGUUCCUAGAAAGACAUAAUUCCAGUGCCUUUAUGGGGGAGCAGAAUCAGACACACGUCCACUCAGCCCUCUGAGUGGAUCUCAGAUGAAGACCUUUUUUAAAGCUAUGUCUGUAUUUAAGACCUAGCCAGUUUUAUUUAAUGGAGUUUUUAUGAUUGCACAUCAUGAUCUGGGCCGUCUUGAUCUGAAGGUCAUCUGGGCCCCGCAAUCCCAGGUCCCUGUUUAGCCAGGGCCACCGCUUUGUUUUUUUUGCCAGAGUUCAUGCAGGUGGACUGCAGAGCCCCAAAGCCCUUCUCGGUCUCUUCGAGGGCCGAGGUUGUGAGGGGUUCCAAGUCGCAGGUAGACAUUCCAAUUUUAUUUAGAAACCAUUCUCAGGCAGAGCUGCGGGAUCGGGCUCUGUGAAGCAUCUGCCGUGUAGAGCCAGGCCUGGAGGUCCUGGCUCUCAGGCAGCAGGGCUAUGCAUCGACUUAAGGGUGACGUGCCGACGAGCUUGGAGAACGCGUCAUAGACGGACUGGGACACUUACCCCGAAGCUCCAGUCAUCACGCUGUUCCCACUCACCCAGUGGCUGCUUCACAAGGAUUUUAGGGCACUCGCCUGUCCUGUGAAGUCUGGACUGCUCCAGCUCAGUGAUUGCAGAUGUGUUGAGAGUCAGCUGCUUCCUCAGAAUGUACGUCUGUGUGGAGACACAGGCAGUUCUUUGGGUUCCUGACUCCCAGGGGACAGUGCUCAGUAGCUCACGGUUCACAUGGAGGUUGCCCGGUUUCCAGGGGAGCAAGACCUCUGCCAGCCUAGUCAGCCCGGCCUUUGCUUGAGCUUCUUUUUUUACAUAAAAACCAACUCGUGUUUCACACUGGGCUUAAGCGGAUUCCUUAUUUCCUGAUUAUAUAUAUUUUUUGCAGCUUGGGUUUCCAGUUUGUUUACAGAGUAGUCUUAGGUAGUAGCGAAAGAGCCAAAGAAGAGAUUUGUAUUGCUGAGCUCAGAGCCGCGCAGAGGCCGUCCGUGAACACUGAGCAGUGGGAACUCGGUGGGCGCCUGUGCCCAGGAACACCCAGGUUCCCUUCCCUGCGUUGUGCCUGCCUCCCCAUAGACCACUGAGGGUGCAGCUGGAGCAGGACACCCCUCAUUCCUAGGAAUCUAGUGAUGCCUCUUGCCUCAGGGAAAUGUUUCUUUGAUGGGGGUUUAUGAGGUUUCUUUUCCUUGUUGAUGCUUUAUUUGUGGUAACGAAAGAGUGCGUGACUUCAGGAGCCAGCAGGGCAGGUCUGCGGGCAGCACGGGCUCACCCGGCCCCGGCACUGCAGGGCUUUCCUUGCCAGCGUUUCUUGGGUGUGAAAGGGCUGUGGCUUUUUUGCAGCGACUGUGUUGGUGUUGGGGGGUGGGGUGUGGAAAUUGUUAAUCUUGUAUAAAGCAACUCAAUAAAUUGUUUCAAGAUUUCCAAAACA